ACCGAUUCACAACCAUUUUCUUCGAGGUGCUAAUCAAUUACGGGAGUGAUGAAGUUUUUCGGUGUACUUUUGCUAGCGGUGAUGAGCGUUCUAGCUCAGGCUGGGCCGGUUGGAACAAAGAUAGGCGAUAAUGAAGUUGACCGCUCAGGACCUAUGUCUGCAAAUAUGAAUAAUUACGUUGAUAUCAUCAUGAUACAAGUAGGACCAUGGUUGAACCAAAACUUCAUUCCGAUCGAUUUGCCAGAUUUCGUAGAAGGAUUCGAACACAGACCCAUUUUAAUUACCUACCAUGGUGAGUUGGAACUGACCAACGGAGUUUUCCACAGCAUACAAAGCGUUGUACGAAGUGGAACGGCGAUGAUGCAUUAUGAUAGAAAGGUGCUGCGAGUUUCCGUUGGGUCCAACAUCAGACAGCUUGGAUUUACUUAUGACUAUUCUGCCCACAUCAUGGAUCUUGGGCCAUCAGGAUGGGUUGAUAUUGACAUUGCGACCAUGACAUUCCAGUUUGAGUUUGCCAUCGAUUUGUCAAAUUUCUUCAUCUACCUAGAAGACUUCCAGUUGACUAAUAUUGGCAACUUAAACAUCCGAUUCCGUGGCAACAUUCUAGUUGACUGGAUGACCAACAUCUUCGUCGGUAUCAUCACUACCAUUUUCAACAACACCAUCACUAACAUCGUUUCGAACUCGAUGCACGAGUUCAUUCAAGUUACCCUGGAUGAGAUGAAUGCCCGCGUGCAAGCACAGGGACGUGUUUUGACUGAAAAAGAGCUGACCAACCUAGUAUACCAGCUAAAGAACAUGUUGUGAGUAAACCCAGUAUCCC